CAAACACGCUGACGCCGACGUCGCGACGCACGAAGUGGACUCGCUGAACUUGGAGGGAGAGCUUGGAGGAAAUAACUCAAUAUUUUAGCUUCAAAAACGGUUUGGAGUCAUGGCGUUAACCCAGGUGUCAUCCAACAAGUGCUGUGGUGGCUACCAGAAAGUGUUUGAGCAUGACAGCUCCGAGUUAAAGUGCAAAAUGAAGUUUGCCAUCUACCUUCCUCCAAAGGCAGAAAGCGCCAAAUGUCCCGUGCUUUACUGGCUCUCAGGGCUGACAUGCACAGAGCAGAAUUUCAUCACAAAAGCAGGAAGCCAGCGGGCUGCAUCUGAACACGGCAUCAUUAUCGUGGCCCCGGACACCAGCCCACGUGGCUGCAAUAUCGAAGGAGAGGAUGAAAGCUGGGACUUUGGAACAGGUGCCGGUUUCUAUGUCGACGCCACACAGGACCCCUGGAAGACCAAUUACCGCAUGUACUCCUACAUCACUGAGGAGCUGCCCCGGCUUAUAAACUCGAACUUCCCUGCUGACCCGGAGAAGAUGUCCAUCUUUGGUCACUCUAUGGGUGGUCAUGGUGCUCUCAUCUGUGCCCUGAAGAACCCUGGGAAAUACAAGGCUGUGUCUGCGUUUGCCCCCAUCUGUAACCCAAUUCAGUGUGCCUGGGGUCAGAAGGCCUUCUCUGGAUACCUCGGACCGGACAAAUCCACCUGGGAGGCGUACGAUGCAACGGUCUUGGCCGCCUCCUACUCCGGCCCCGAGCUGGACAUCCUGAUCGAUCAGGGCCGUGAAGACCAGUUCCUGUCUUCCAGUCAGCUUCUACCUGAUAACCUGAUCGCCGCCUGCUCAGAGAAGAAGAUACCUGUGGUGUUCCGACUGCAGCAGGGCUACGACCACAGCUACUACUUUGUGUUCUCGUUCAUGAAUGACCACAUAAAGCACCACGCCAAGUACCUGAACGCAUAAAGCGGCUCCAGUUCAGUUUGUCCAGAAAACAACCGACAGCCUUUUGUGCCUUUCGGAGCAACAAUACACAGUAAAACACCUUCAUUUUGCAUUGCUGAGUGGUAUGUAUGGCUACAGUGUUGGUCAAUCAUGUUUUUGUCUGUUUUUCCUCCAAUAAAGGCUACUGGUUGUUAGUUUCAUA